AACACCCUAAAAUAUUUCCUCCCCCAUUUGAAACACACAAAAACACAAACAUCACAUUCAUUUACACUAUCUUUUCUUCCUUGUUCCACUUCCGCAGCAACGAACUAAACGACGUCGUCAAGACAAUCUCACACAAUCUUCUAAAUUGGCGCGUUUAAAUUGAAAAAUUACUGCAAAAUAUGAAAUGGUGAAUCAGUUAGUCGUAUUAUAUAUAAUACCUAGACCAAUAAAACUUCAGUACUUGUAACUAGAUAAAGACGCAACUCAUCGCCUCACGUAAAGAAGAGAAGGAGGAUCUCGGAUGUGUAAAACUUGUCAUAAAGCAGUAUGGGAAACAGCGCGUUUGAUGGGAAAGUUUUGACCGAGAAGUUGCGGAAACUCAACAAUUCGCAACAAAGCAUUGAAUCUGUAUCCCGAUUGUGUGUUUCUCACCGGAAUAGAGCAAAAUAUAUUGUUGAAACAUGGAAUAAAUUGUUCAGUUCUUCCCAGAAAGAUCAGCGUGUCCCUUUUCUGAACUUGGCUAAUGACAUCAUACAAACUAGUAAGCGCAAAGGCAACGAGUUCGUUAAUGAAUUCUGGAAAGUUCUUCCAUCAGCUCUCAAGCGUGUUUAUGCAAGUGAUGAGUCAGGAAAGAAUUCAGUAAUCAGGCUUAUUGACAUUUGGGAGGAGAGAAAGAUUUUUGGUUCGCGGUCUCAGGGUCUCAAGGGUGAAAUAAUGAGCAAGAUUCCCCUUCCAUCAUCUGUAAGCAAUGGAAAGAAUUCAAAUUCAAAUCCUAUCAAAAUAGCUAAGAGGGACGCCCAAUCAUUGAGAUUAAAACUAGCUAUCGGAUCUUUGCCAGAAAAAAUAAUAACAGCACUGCAUUCUGUAAAUGAAGAACAUCCUAAUGAAGAAACUGCCCUGAGCAAGUGUAAUGAUGCUGUAUGUCAAGUGGGUAAGCUUGUAGAAGAUGUUGAAAAUACACUGUCUCAAGGAAAUCAGCCUGGACCCACUUUGGUUCAUGACUUGCAACAGCAGGAAAAGGAGCUUAAACAAUAUAUGGUGCAACUAGAAAAUGCGAAGGCUGCUAGGGCCACUUUGCUUUCCCAGCUAAAAGAAGCACUGCAGGAACAGGAAUCAAGUCAAGAAGUUGUGCAUUCUCAAUUGCUAGCUGCACAAGAGCAGAUUGAGCGGCUAGCCAGUAUCCGGGAGAGGUUUGUCCAACCACCAGAAACCCCAUGGGUGCUGGAACAGAAUAUUCCACCCGUUCAACCGAACAGCAUCCCUCUUCAGUCUUCUUUGACCCAACCUAGUAUGUCAUUUGCUCCUCUCCAAACUACCGAGGAAGAUACCAAGGCUGCAGCAGCUGCUAUUGCUGCUAGGCUUGCUGCCUCUACAUCCUCUGCUCUCAUGCUUACAUCUGUUCUUUCUUCUCUUGUUGCUGAAGAAGCUGCCUCCAUGAAUGGUAGCUUAAACUCUCCCGGGUAUCCUUCACCACCACCCGGUUUCUAUCCAGAGAAAAGACCCAAACUUGAACAUCAAACGCCUGUUUCUGAUGUCAACAGUUCUGAUACCAGGAACUCUUCUUUUUUCGCCACUUUGCAACAACCUUCUUCCACAAACGUGUCAUCGACACCACCAACCAUGCAGUCCAUAUCACAAACCAAUCAAUUACAAUCUGCAUUUGCUUCCACACUCCCUCCACCUCCUCAUUCACAGAUGAAUCCACCAACAAAUCAGUAUGUUCAAUCUACCGGAAUGAUGGUUGGAGGAAUGACUUAUGGAUAUGGAUCAAACAACCUGCAACCUCCACCUCCACCUCCUUUGCCUCCGCAUGUGGCAAUGGGUUUAACUAGGCCCAAUAAUCAGCAAUCACAAUCACCUCAAUCACAGGCUCAGCAAGCGCAGCAGCAGCAGCAGCAGCAGCAACAACAGUCUUCAACCGGAGGAUUUUACAGGUCACCUGGUGUCGGGUUUUAUGGGCAAAGCCAUGCACCACCGCCACCAGCAUCCAGGCAGUGAGUAUUGCGAAAAGACAACACCUAAAUUCGCCGCAACCUAUGUUGUAAGUUCCUUUAGAUAAUUGGUGACACAGGAUUUUCAUGGAGGCUGUGUAAUAUAAUGUAUAUUACUAGAGAAUUAGAGAAUUAGACGUCGCAUAAAUUCUGUAACAUUGUCCUCUUCCACCGCACUCUUGAAUGAGUUGUAGGUUUUGAUGCCAUUAGUCGACACUUUGACCAGUUCUUCAAAGGAAGGAGCCUGAAUGACC